GCCAGAGAAAAAAAAGAGCGUCGGCGUGGGUUCAGUUAAAAUACCAAAAACGAAGCCCCACCCACAUCCCCCACCCGAGCAGAGCAGAGCAGGCACUGGCAGUGGGCACUGGUAGGCUCCCCACGCGCUUUUUCAUCUCUUGAUUUUUCGUUUCUUUUUUCAUUCUAUUUAAACCUCAGCUAAACAAAGUAGUAAUCUCCCUUUCUGGUUCUGGUUUCUAUUUUAUUUUCUCUGAGAAGCUGAAAAAUGGCGGAAUCGGUGGAGUUGCCAGGUCGUUUAGCAAUUCUUCCAUUCAGAAACAAAGUUUUAUUGCCUGGCGCCUUUAUUCGAAUUCGCUGCACUUCACAGAGCAGUGUAAAACUGGUGGAGCAAGAGUUAUGGCAGCGAGAGGAGAAAGGAUUAAUAGGAAUUCUUCCGGUUCAAGAUGCUGCUGAGACGACCUCCAUGGAUUCCAUGUUAUCUCAAGGUGUAGGAAGUGAAUCAUGUGAGCGAAGCUCGAAUGCUCAGGUUAGCACAUCUGAUGCUCACAAGGUUGAUGGGAAAAACCCUUCAGAAGUCAUUCACUGGCAUAACAGGGGAGUGGCAGCACGCGCUUUGCAUCUAUCAAGAGGAGUGGAGAAACCAAGUGGGAGGGUCACAUACAUUGUCGUCCUUGAGGGUUUAUGCAGAUUCAAUAUAGAGGAACUUAACACACGAGGACCUUACUGCACUGCAAAGAUAUCUCCACUUGAGAUGACUAAGUCCGGCUAUUUCCUGAUCAGUAUCUUCUACCUUUUAACUUGUUCAGAGAUGGAACAAGUGGAACAAGAUCCAGAUUUUGUAACACUGUCUCGCCAGUUCAAAGCAAUAGCCAUGGAGCUAAUUUCUAUUCUUGAACAGAAACAAAAAACUGGUGGAAGGAUAAAAGUUCUUUUGGAGACGCUUCCGUUUCACAAAUUGGCCGAUAUAUUUGUUGCUAGCUUUGAGAUCAGUUUUGAAGAGCAGCUCUGUAUGUUGGACUCUGUUGAUCCUAAAGUAAGGCUUUCGAAAGCUACUGAGUUAGUUGACAGGCAUUUGCAGUCAAUACGUGUAGCAGAGAAGAUUACACAAAAGGUUGAAGGGCAAUUGUCAAAAUCACAGAAGGAAUAUCUUUUGCGACAGCAGAUGAGAGCAAUAAAAGAGGAGCUAGGAGACAAUGAUGAUGAUGAGGAUGAUUUGGCUUCCCUGGAAAGAAAGAUGCAGAAUGCAGGGAUGCCUUCAAAUAUCUGGAAGCAUGCACAGAGGGAGUUGAGGAGGCUUAAGAAAAUGCAACCACAGCAACCUGGAUAUAAUAGUUCACGUGUUUACUUGGACCUUCUUGCUGAUCUGCCUUGGCAGAAGGCCAGUGAAGAACAGGAAAUGGACCUAAAGGCUGCAAAAGAUCAUCUUGAUUGUGACCACUAUGGUUUAGUGAAGAUCAAACAACGGAUUAUCGAAUAUCUGGCUGUUCGCAAGCUUAAGCCAGAUGCAAGAGGUCCAGUGCUGUGCUUUGUUGGCCCACCAGGUGUGGGGAAAACAUCAUUAGCGUCAUCAAUUGCUGCUGCUUUGGGUAGAAAAUUUAUACGCAUAUCCCUCGGAGGUGUCAAGGAUGAGGCUGAUAUCCGAGGACAUAGGAGAACAUACAUUGGAAGUAUGCCAGGACGUCUUAUUGACGGGUUAAAGAGAGUAGGUGUUUGCAACCCAGUCAUGCUAUUGGAUGAGAUUGACAAGACAGGUUCUGACGUGCGUGGUGAUCCAGCUUCAGCUCUACUGGAGGUUCUUGAUCCUGAGCAGAAUAAAUCUUUUAAUGAUCACUAUUUGAAUGUUCCAUUUGACCUAUCAAAGGUGAUUUUUGUGGCUACUGCAAAUAGGAUGCAGCCUAUUCCUCCCCCACUCUUGGACAGGAUGGAAGUCAUUGAGCUGCCUGGAUAUAUAGCUGAAGAAAAGCUCAGAAUAGCCAUGCAACAUUUGAUCCCAAGAGUCUUGGAUCAGCAUGGAUUGAGCUCUGCGUUCCUUCAAAUUCCAGAGGACAUGGUUAAACUUGUCAUUCAGAGGUACACCAGGGAAGCUGGUGUCCGUAAUCUGGAAAGGAACUUGGCUGCCUUAGCUCGUGCUGCUGCAGUAAGAGUUGCUGAGCGAGAACAGGCUGUCUCAGUUAGCAAAGAUGUUCAUAAGAUAACUUCACCACUGCUGGAUAGCAGGCUUGCUGAGGGAGCAGAAAUGGAAAUGGAAGUCAUUCCAAUUGGUGUAAAUAAUCAUGAGAUAUCAAAUGCAUUCAGAAUUGCCUCACCUUUGGUUGUUGAUGAGGCUAUGCUGGAAAAAAUAUUGGGGCCUCCUAGAUUUGAUGAUCGAGAAGCUGCAGAUCGUGUUGCCACUCCUGGAGUAUCUGUUGGGCUUGUUUGGACAGCUUUUGGAGGAGAGGUUCAGUUUGUGGAGGCUACAUCAGUGGUUGGAAAUGGUGAAUUGCAUCUUACAGGACAACUUGGUGAUGUUAUUAAAGAAUCAGCACAAAUAGCACUGACAUGGGUAAGAGCCAGGGUGGCGGAUCUUAAGUUAGCAGCUGCUGAGGAAACUGAUCUGCUGCAGGGCAAAGAUAUUCAUAUACAUUUUCCUGCUGGGGCUGUACCCAAAGAUGGACCUUCAGCUGGUGUGACCCUUGUAACAGCGUUGGUUUCACUGUUUAGUCAGAAAAAUGUAAGAGCAGAUACAGCAAUGACUGGAGAAAUGACACUGAGGGGUCUUGUGUUACCUGUUGGUGGUGUCAAGGAUAAGGUACUAGCAGCACACCGUUACGGUAUCAAGAGGGUUAUUUUGCCAGAGAGAAAUCUGAAGGAUUUAGUUGAAGUACCUGCAGCUGUGCUUUCCAGUCUAGAGAUUCUGGUGGCAAAGCGAAUGGAAGACGUGUUGGAGCAUGCAUUUGAUGGGGGAUGUCCCUGGAGACAACACCAACACUCAAAAUUAUGACAAAGCUCUUGAACUCAAAGGCAUUGAUCUAUCUGUCUUCCGCGACAGGUGACUCUAAUCUAACAUGUUGCCUUUGGGAACAUGUAAAUGAGGUUAGCUGUUCUGGUCCAGCAAAGAGAAUUUAACCCUUUUGCAAAUGGGGCCUUCUUAUAUAGGUGUGUGUUUACAAGUUUCCCCGCAGCGGAAAAUCACUGAUUGCCGUAUGCAUUUACUUCUGAGGCAAGGUAUCCUAUUCCUUUUAAUUCUUCUUCUUCUUCUUCUUUUGUAUUUUCUUUCUAAUAUAUGUACAAUUUGUAGCCACGCAAAGUAUAUUUAACUCUAAAUUAAGAAUUCAAUUACGAAAUUCUGAUGAUCAAAUGUGUACAAUGGAUUUGACUUAUCUUUAGAUGAAUGAUCAAAUGUUUCUUGUAUAAA